AUGAGCGACACCCCCUCUGGACAAUACAGGAUUGCCAAUGUCGAGUAUCCAUACCGGUACGUCUCCAUGUCAGGCAACCAGUUCGUCGGCCAGGACGUUGGCGAAAUCAUCAAAGUCGACAUCGUAGACAACGUUCCGGGUCUUGUGACACUCUAUGAUACUGCGGCAGGUGUGUACAUUGGGGUCGACUUAGAGGUGUUCCAGUUGUCCGCUGCAGGCCGUGGGCAUCUUGAGAUCCAUCCACAGGACGUGAAUAAAGUCUGGGUUCUCAACAACGACAAUAUCGGGACCGCGAUCAGUGUUGAGCCAGCUCCCGGCUCAAACAAGAACUAUUGGACGUUCGAGAUGGUGGUGGAAUAG